AUGUCUCUGCUAUUACAUGCUAAAGGGCAUCAAAAAGGCUGUAUGAAUCGGAUAGUGGCACUGAUGAGAAUGAGACAGACACAGAGAGUAGGCCACCACAAGUUAUUGACCAAGCAACAACGCCCAAAGAGUCACAAAGCCUACUUUCAUCUCCGCCUCGCUUAUCUGCACAGGCAUUGCGAGAGGCCAGCAGUGAUGUGCAAAGUGCUUCUUCAAUACAAGGCUUCUGAUACACCCUUCCGUGGGCAGAUUAUUGGGCCCACUGCUGUUACACAGAUUCUCCGAGUCUUUGAGACAAUGCGAGAGAAGAAUCGUGAAAUUAAGAGGAUGGUGCAGCGAAUGCUGUUAAGGUCAGCAGCAGAUGACCAACCGCUGCAACUUCCGAAAGAUAUCUCAUUCCCUAUUCGUUAUCCUGAGCAGAUGGAAGCAUUCGAUAAGCUUCUGGGAGAUCAGACAAUACUCUCAUCUGUGGUGCGGUUCCUCUCAAUGUUUGGUAUGGCAGAUGUACGGGAAACUGUUGACCGCUUGAUGAAAGAAACCAUGUCAAAUGAACUGGCAAGAAUGUACAAUAUGAAGUGGCUGAAGGGGAAGGAAAAGUUUGUGGGCCUCUGGAUACUGAAUGUUUUGUAUAAAUGUGUCCAAAGGAACUUGCCGACAAAGGCUGCAACGAGGAAGGAUGUUGAAAUAGAGGUUUCAAAGUGGCUGGCUGGCGCGCGGGACCGCGAUGGGGAAGAAAAGCAAGAAACAAAGUGUCAGAGACCUUACCUGAAGAAAUGA